UCCAGCUGGUCGGCGCUAGCUUCACUGCUUCACAUUUGCGGAGGUUUCUCAGCUACAUUUGCUUCUCAGUCGGAGGCAGAAGUCCACCACAGGUCUGACAGCCGGGUCCAGACACAUCUCUGCCAACAUGACCAAGCACGAGUUUGAGGUGGCGAUGACGUGUGAGGGAUGCUCAGGAGCUGUGACAAGAGUUCUCACCAAACUAGGAGAUGUGAAGUUUGAGAUCGACCUGCCCAAGAAACUGGUUUGGAUCGAGUCCGACAGAGACGUGGAGGUUCUCACCGACACGCUGAAGAAAUGUGGGAAGGAGGUCAAAUACAACGGCACCAAAUGAAGGAAAACCUGCUUCACGUAGAGCAGGAAAUCAUCGCUGCUGAUGCAAGGAGAAGAUUUAUGCUGGAAUUCAAGUUGUUCACGUGUAAGGAAGCGUCUGAUGGAUCCCAAGUGACCCCCCCCCCCCUAGAUACACAACCCCCCUCAAGCUCACAUGCACAAACAUCCUCUCUGGUGCAGAUCUCCUGUCAGUUUUAGCAUGUCUCUACUUUAGCGUGUCUCCACGUGACAUUCCUCUAUUCAGCAUACCUAUUUACAUAGCUGUGUUUUGAAAAAAAGUGACAGUAACUUUUUAUGUUUUGUUACGUUAAUUUACUGGAUUACAGACGGGGGGGGGGGACUCCAUCUUUGUAGAUUCAAAAACAUCAGGACGUUCAACUUUUUCUACUAGUCGAAAAAGCUGCAAACACAAUUAAAGUUUACAUUCCAAGGUUGGUAAAACAUUCUGCAAACUAUUGGCUAUGUUUGCCUGCACCUUGGCCUCUCAGUGUUGUUGCUUUGGUUUGACGCUGUUAAAACUGAUAAGAGACGUCUGUAGAUGUGCACCAAAGGGGGGAGGGGGGGGACUCGUCUGCUGGACUUUGUAAAAACGCUUCCUUUUAGCUGCAUCGCACUUCACACUACGCUAAUCUAUUAAAACCACAGUUCAAAUAAAUCAUGUUGAUUGAUUACUAACAGAUAUCUUUGUUUUUCUAUUAACAAAGUGAAGCCCUUCGGGGAAUUAGCUCUUAAUUCUUUUCUGUGACUUUGAGGAAAAGAUCCUCUAUACACUUGGUUUUUGUAACUGUCUUUAUGUUGAGUUCACAGGGG